GCGGGGAUGUCAAGGCAGCAGUGACCGCUGGAGGCCGCAUUGAAUUCUACUUGCUUACUCUGCUAUACAGCAUUGGUCAUCUUACUACUUUGGUUGGCCAUACCGAUCAACGAAGCCUCAGACAUAUCAAAGUCUCCCAUGGUUGACCUGUUGUCGACAGCAGAUUUACAUAGUAUUCGGAAGUUACCGCAGACUAUUAUCAAAAAUGUAUUCAACAGAGAAAACUUAGUAAGGGAAUUUCCGUAUAUCGAGCAUGAUAUCGUCUUUAAACGUAUUACCUGCAUUAGCAAUAUGCUUACAUGACCGUAUAACUGCUUACUUCAGAGAUUAUAUAUUAGGCCCGCCGCAUCCCUUAGAAAAUGAGGAUAACAUACAUUUUUGAUAGCAUAUCUCCAUAAGUGUCUCCUCAGCGAGGAAGAAAGAGAGACAUAGCACCAUGGAUGUAUCAAUGUAUUGUUCUAGAGGAAACUUCUCUCACUUAGUUAAGCCGUUCACCAGUGCCAAUGUCAUUUCUCUCACCCAAAGGGCAAUUCAGCCACUCUCCUUUCCCAAUCUUACAGGUAGAAGCAAGCUUAUUAAAAUCAAGACGUCCUCCCGCUUUGUCUCUCCUGACAUCAAGGCAGAAGAAUUUUCAAGUAUCCCCGGUGGUACAGCUUCAAUCUCAUCCACCGGGGUAUGUAUUCAGCAGGAAGUUGACACAAGCCCUGCCAAACAAUCAACAAUAUUCCAUAAAAUAAAGGUAGCCUUAUAUGAGGUAGAAGGUAUCAAUCUGUGUUUCUUUUCUGCGUCUGGUAUAAGAGUCCCUGGGAAUACAAUGCUUUCGAUUAUCCGUCGAAACGUCGUACUCCUACGAUAUUCAGACUCCUUCCGCCACUCGAUACAGUAUUUACUAACCUCGCCCAAUGUUUUGUCGUAUUGGAGAGCCGUUAAGCAUACAGCACAUUGAAAGGCAUCAAAGUCGAUGCCAUCCUGCGGAUCCUUGGGAAAUGGGCAAUGAGCGAAGAAGUGGAAACUUCUCCAAAACAAUUGAAGAGCAGCAUCGGACACUACUUCUUCAGAAUAAGUUCUCCUUAUAUAACGUCCCAACCUUUCACAUUCCAGCCCAAUACCCCCUUGUAAGUAGGGGAUUUGCAGCGGGGUUGAAGAAACAAAAACCUACAUUUUCCCUCUGAAGGACUCUUGACACACUCCUUUUCAAAUAUUUCUAUCAAGCGUUCCUUUACAUCUCUUUAAUAUCUAGUAAUGUUUGUAGUUAAGCCUUGAUGGAUAGAUUCCAUUUUAUUCUUGUUAGUUCAAUCCAAUAAACUGGCUAGACAAUGGGCUUUUGUCUUCACUAGGGCCGGCUUUAGCGAGGUAUUUUUCUGUAUCUGCCCAGGAUACAUGAACACAGCUGCUAAAGUCAAUAUUUAGAGUCCAAUUCCAGGUAAAACUCAACAUUGCUUCAAUAGAGAUGCAAAUGAUGAUCCAGUUCUGAGUGUCUUUAGAGACAACAGUGUUCCUGGUAUGAGGUAGGAUAAUAUGGGCUCAACUAUUUGGAGGCAACGCAGCUAGAGAGCUCCGUAUACGUAUACUCAUCCAAAGCUAUAAUGGUAUCAGGUAUAAGACCACGUUAUAUUCGACACUGUAUCCAAACAGCAAGCACGGGGCGGUAGCGCCAAAUAUGGGAUAACCCCAUACCUUAUAUUCUCCUUUGCCACUAGGGUUUUAUUUUAUAUAAAGCUGGGUAUAAGUGCAUAUUUUAAACAGUAUGCAAAUGUAUAUACUGCAUACUACCCCGUAGGUUCAAUAUUUGAAAUUCCAUGAAAGCCUGGAUUCUUUGGUAUCAGUAUCGAAGCUAAUAUCAUCUUCGCCACGGUGUGAUGCGCUCGACGGCAUAGAAUCGCCCUGCCUGGCUUAAUUAGUCCAAAAUCAUGGUGAGACAAAACAAUAACUCCCUCUCAGAUCCCCUCUAGAAUACUUUAUCCAACGCGUAAUGAAUAGUAAUAACAUGUGUGUUUCAUCCCUUUUUCCCCUGUGAAUGUUGCUUUUGAGCUUUGAUUACAUAAGCCUGGCCGCAACGGCCCGCACCCUUAACUUAGCCUAGUCCGCUUCCGGCUAGCUUGGCAUCCACGGCUCUUCAUCUGCAUCAAACAUCAAAACAUUAGCGCUUCUUCUCCUUUUCGAUCCUUUUCCACACGGAGUCAGUUGAGCGAGAGGUGGGACUAGGGACAGAGAGAGCCUCGGUUGGUCUCGGGCUACUAUAGCUAGUUGAAAUAAUUUGGACCCUUUACGGAGUAUACAGACCGAGCUGGAUACUCCGUACCCAUUAAAAUCUGCCUUGGCUAGUUACGGUGGUUUCGAGAAAACAGGUAGAUCCCCCUCGCAAACUUCCAAGAGCUCUGGCAUUCUAACUAGCUUCAACUCCGUGCCUGCAAGACAGAAAUAACAUAUAUACAGAUAUUGUUUGAGUCCAUUAAGCUCGCUGACCCCUUGGCAAAGCUGGAAUACUACCCACAGUGGCCUGUCUUGUGCUACCAGCAGCCAAGUAGUUAUAUCGCAACAUGGCAUGUCUGGAGCCAGGCGGUAUAACACCCUUUCACGAGCUUAUUCUUAUCAGGGUCAUCCCCUUGCUCGGUCACUCCAUGGAUCUCCAUAUCUCUCGCCGUCUAAAGAAAUUCCAUCUUUGCGGCAGACAUAUCCGCACGUCCGCCAAAUAUUUUUGUCGUCGAAAGAUGUCUAUAUCAUAUGAUGCCUGAUACGGUACGCUACUAUUCACACCCUCAAACUUAUCUCUCUAAAGUUAGCCGAUUGUCUGUGAUGUCGAUACUCGCUGCUCUACUCGUAGUAUCGGAGUAUGUCAACUCGAUGAAGGCGAAAAUUACGGUCAUUGAUCCAGCAUAUGCUUUAUGAAUGAGGAUCAGUAUGACUCUAUCACGAUACUACUUGUGUUAAGACAGUCGAAGAUAACAGGUGCUGGUAUACUUCAUACGAACAGGCAACGGUCAAGUUCGAAGGGCCUGUCGGAAUCAAGAUUUGUUUCUAGGCAGCUGAGGGUGGUUCUCUAAUUAUAUACUAUGCGCUUCAUGAAACAACAUAGAACCGUUUUAUGGUCAAGUAAUUGAGAACGACUUGUUGGAUACGCG